AUGGAAAACUUCGAUGAAUGGAAGAAAAAUUUCUCUUUGGAGAGAAAUGGUAUAGACCAAUUAAGACCAGGAACACAAGAUAUCUUGAAAGAAGUCGCUACAAAGAAGAAUAGUAUUAUUGCUGUUGGUAUUCAAGUUGUUUUUGCAAUUUUAGCACUUAAUAGCUUUGCAUCACAGAUGGUUGUUGCCAUUAAAUGGCUUUCCAUCUCUCCUUUCAUGUCUCUUGUAAUCUUCGGAAAAGAAUUAUUCGGUUUGUUCAUGGUUGUUAAACCAUCAAUCAUCAUUUUAAUUAACAAACCAGAUAUCAUCGUCGGUGAUGCCUUGUUUGACCCGUUCCAUCCAAAAUACGGAUUAUUUAAUUUCCUCGUUGACAAAGUACCAAAACCAUUACGCUCACAGAUAUCAGCUCUUGUAUUUGCCGUCGCAGCUCUUAGUAAUUCACGUACUUUCUUCGCUUGUGCCAUCAAUGCACGUUAUCAGAUCGCUCCUUGCCUUCUUAACUCAGAUAUCCUUUCUCAGAAGCUCGGCAAUAUUAUGUUCCUUACAAUCGAUCUCGUCAUCAAGACAAGGAACGAAAAUAAGGAUAUUAAUAUGUGGCUCUUCCAAGGUUUGAUGGUUAAUGUUGCACUCCUUGUCUUAUCCUUCUGGAAUCAGAACAAAGUUCUCGUUAAACUUUACGAUUGGCUCGCUGAUAUUUCCGAAGGAAAACUUCUUCCAAUUGAAAUCAAGGCCGGCUUAGUUUAUCUCUACUCUGCCAAUGUUGGCCAAGAUGCAACACAGAAAUUCAUUGAUUGCGCUCUUGGUGUUGCCAAACGCCCAAUCAUUGACGAGGAUGAUAAAAAGAAGAAAGAAGGAGUAAAGGCAGAACCAAAGAAAGAAGAGAAGAAGGAAGAAAAGAAGGAAGAGGCUAACGAUGAUAAGGAAAAGAAAGAUUAA